GCAGCGCGCAGUGCCUGUAUAUCAGCCCAUAGAGGACACACCUACCGCGCUCUGAUGAUCCACCAAUCCACGUCUUCAGACCGCGGGACUUGCUCGUAGCCACAGUAAUGGAGAGACCGAGACAGAGGUGGGCGCAUUCUGUCUUGACGGAGCGAGCCGACCUGCUUAGUGCGCAGUGACAGAGGAAUAAUAAUCUUUUAAAAAAGAAAAGAAAAGAAAAGAAAACACACAACCAGAGCAAAUAGACAAAGUUUUGUGGGGGAUGAGUAUUCCUCUGCGCGGUUUUCUUUUUCACUGAACGUCAUCCUCCGAUCCAUGGGCUCAAGUUGCAAAUAGGAGUAGGCUACAAGUUUCCAAUGGACAGACGCUCGGAGACGGCUGGCGCAACAAGCAUGGGAUUAUUUUUGUAAUGUGGAUUGCUACUCCCUUGCAAGCAAAUAAAGGUCCGCUGCGGAACAAUGUGAGACGUUAUGCGUCUUGGAUUUUCGUGUUUCUGGAUAUCUUGAAAAUCAUUGGCAACAGCUGAGAAGGAAGAAGACUUAGUUAUGCGCAAAGGAUUGUACCCUCCAAGCCCGGGACCAACAUGGAUUUGCCAUUACAACCCCAUGCCCCUUAUUUAGAGAAGUUUUAGCCGGUCCACUCGUGCUGUUGUUGUUGUUGUACUUCUUGUUGUUAUAAACUUCAUGUUUGAGAACAAAUCGCCACAUUUGGCCUCUUGGAUUUUAAAACGUCGCCUGCCUUUACAUUGGAUUUCCAACACCAUGAACUUUAUUGACAGUUUGACACUAUUAUUUUUGACGCUGUCAGCUGUCAAGAGUGCCCACAUACCGAGGGAAACAGAAAGAGGUCCACAUGACGUGAUCCCCUUAAUGGAAGUGUACAACAAGAGUUUGUGUCAGCCUCGGGAGCUGCUGGUGGAGAUUCUGCAGGAGUAUCCGGAGGAGGUGGAGCACAUCUUCAUCCCAUCCUGCGUGGUGUUGACGCGCUGUGCCGGCUGCUGCAAUGACGAGAUGCUGCAGUGCAUGCCAACGUCCACCUAUAACAUAACAAUGGAGAUUAAAAGAAUAAAACCCCAAAGGCAACAAAAUGAUAUUUUCAUGAGUUUUACAGAACACAGCGCAUGUGAGUGUAGGUUAAAGAAAGAAGUGAAAGAACAGAGAGAAAAAAAAUCCCGGAAAGGCAAGGGUAAAGGCCAAAAGAGAAAACGAAAGAAAAACAGUGACAAAACAAUUCAUGAUGCUGUUUGUGAGCCAUGUUGCGAUCAAUGCUCAGAGAGGAGGAAGCGUUUGUUCGUGCAGAAUCCAGUAACCUGUCGGUGCUCCUGCAAACACACAGACGAAUACUGUAAAGAACGCCAACUAGAGCUCAACGAGAGGACCUGCAAAUGUGACAAGCCAAGAAGAUGAGAGAGGUGGGAGCACCAGAUGUACAAGAUGAAGGAAUAUUCUAGAGAUAUUUCACAGCACAGCACUUUGACCUUUGAACCGUAAGCUCUUCUUUUCUGUGGAAAGCAUUCCCCUUGGACUGGCUGAGAGAGAACAAAAAAGAAAGACUGAACUGAAAUUUCCUCCCACUGUAUAUCUGUGUGUAUAUAGACCAUGAUAAAAGAAAAAAAGAGUACAAAAUUGUUAUGCUGCUACAGAAACAAAUAACUAAACCCAUCAUUUGACAAAAAGCAAAUGUCCGCCAUGUGGUUUUGCAUCUCUAACAGGCUUGCAAUGCAGGUGUAGUCUUGCUUGUUGUCAAUUCAUUGUAUGCAAUUACUUCACUGGAUAUGAGUCUACUGUGGUUGUGUGUCAAUCAAAAGUUGCAAAACCUCUCAAUCUACGAUAUAUUUAACUGCUAAAACAGUGGGUGAGGCCGAAGAAGACACAAGACGCACCCUCCUUUCAAAAAACUGAUGGAUGGAUUUUUGUUGGCCUACUGUUGCUUCUGGACUAAAACAGGAGGACACUGGGACAGCUGAUGAAAAUCUUGAAUCUGUGUCUUUAUAAUAUUGCUUCCUCCCCUCUGAGGACAUUGCAGAACUGACAAGGACAUACUUUCACUAUUGUGAUCAGCUUGCAGGAGAAGAGACUCUGGAGUGCCAUAUAACUUUUAAAGGGAUACUGGUCGUCAAUAAUAGCGUUGAAACCACUGAAAACAUCCUAUACUGUAGUUUGAUUCCAUUUGAAAAACUGUGCCUGACAAAAUGUACUGAGAAAUCUUUCGAGAGCUUUUUAAAUUAUUUUUGUUUCUUUUUUCAGGAUUUCGGGAUUGUCAACGUAGUUUUUUCAGUUAAUGAGCUCAACACAGAAUCCACUGAUUACAUAUCUUCUCCUUUGAACUUGUACAUACUUAAUAUCCCUUUCUGCCAUAGUCCAUUCUAGAUAAUUUAUAAUGUUAUAGAGUAUUUUUCAGUAUUCAGUCUUCUACCCAUAUUUAAUUUGGUCUAUUUAUAUAUGCAGUGUUAUGUACCUGUGGCUGUCCUAUCUCCCCCCAUGUGUAAGGUCACUGAUGGCUACUCUCAGCAUGGACACUCUAUGCUUUUCUAUGAAACAAACUCAAAAAAUCAAAAAUGAUUUGUUAACAUUCCCUAAAUGGAUCACUUGUAUUGAUGUACUGAUGACAUCUCUGGAUUUUCAACCCCUCUUACCUAAGGGUGUGGGUGCUGUGUAGACUUUUAACUUGUGUGUAUUUGUGUGUUUGUGUAUGUGUGUGUAUGGAUGUGUGUUCACGCACAUCUACCGAUGUGCACAUCUGUGUAUAGGUGUUAGUGUAAGUUGUAUUUAAGUAUUUAAGUAUGUAGCGGACUUGUCCGUCCUGCAAGAUGCAAAUACAAAUAAACUACUGCUAGCAGCUAAGCAUACACUACCACAACACCACCACCGUUUUAAAUUUAGAUAACAAUCUGCCAUCAGUCUUAGAGCCCUAAUUAUUAGUCCUCUGUGUCUCUUCCUCACUAUUAACAUGUUUUCUGUGUCUAUGUAAAACAGUAAAGCAUAUUUAUUUUCAAAUUAUAUUGUUUUUAUAUAAAAUAAGGAAAAGGUUGCUGUGUUGUGAAUGCUGUGUUUUCAAGAAAUUUAAUUAGGCGACAUGAGUUUUCCAUGUUUUUGUGCGGAAAGUUGAUACACAUCUAAUAAGAACCCCUGCAGAAUGUAAUCUGAGCGAAAAAAAGAACAGAUAAAUAAUAAAUUCCUGCACGCUUUCCGUUACAGACAGACAGACAUUCAUCCUUAUGAAUAAAAUGGCACUUUGAAGCA